AUGAGGAAAUUUGUGCGCACGCGCCCGGCAGCUCCCCCCGCCGACACCUCGUCGAACCACCCCCCACAUAGCCCUAAUGGACACCUGAAUGGUAUUGGUAGCGGACCGCGACGCGACGAUCACCACUCCACACUGUCUAGCAGUGCAGUGCACCAUGCGCCGACGUCACGUCUGCGGUACUGGAACGGCGAGGAAGCUGCGGGAGCGCUGUGGGAGGACCCGGACUUUCCGGCGAAUGCGAGCGCCAUCGGGGACCGCCGCCUUGCCGCCAACGUGCAGUGGCUGCGUCCAUACGAGCUGAGUGCCCAGCCGCGGUUUCUGGGUGACACGAUUGUCGAGGCGAAGCCUCCUGGUGAGACGCAGCCACUUGAUCCAAACGCUUCAGAGACAGAACUUGAAGACGAACCUGAGGAGCAGUUCGCUGCCAGGUGGUGCGUGGAGGUGGGCGAGCUGGGCGAUGCGGGGCUGUGCUGCGCGGCGGCUGCGCUGGCGCUCACGCCGCGCCUGCUGGCGCGCGUCGCGCCGCCCCACUCCUUCCGCCGCGGGUACACAGGUGCAUUCAGGUUCCAGGUGUGGGUGUUCGGGUCGUGGCGCGAGGUGGUGGUGGAUGACCGGCUGCCGGCGCGCGGCGCCCGUCUACUGGCCAGCCGCUCCGCGCUGCCGCACGACUACACUCUGCCCCUGCUGGAGAAGGCCUACGCCAAGCUGUACGGUUCGUACGCGGCGCUACGCGGCGGAUCGUGCGCUCGCGCGCUGCAGGACAUGACGGGCGGCGUGGUGCAGAGCUUCGCACCGCCGCGCCAGCCGCCCGCGCUGCUGCUGCGCGUGCUCAACACCGCCGUGCCGCGCUCCACGCUGCUCGUCGCCACCGCCAAGCCGGAGAAGGAGGGAAGCGGGCAGCGGAUGCGCAACGGGCUGAUCGCGGAGCAAGCGUACUGCGUGACGGGGCUGGCGCGCGUGCGGGAGGCGGGCGGCGGGGCGGGCGGCGAGGAGGAGGGCGGCGGCGUGCUGGUGCGCGUGCGCGCGCCGAGCGGGCGCGGCGAGUGGCGCGGCGCGGGGGCGCGCGGCGGCCCGCUGUGGCGCGCGCUGCCGCCCGCCGACCGCGACCUGCUCGCCGCGCGCACGCCGGAGCCCGCGCACUUUUGGAUGCCGUUCGCGGAGUUCGCGCGCGCGUUCUGGCGGCUGGAGCUGGUGCACGUGGGGCCGGACGAGUGGGUGCGCGAGGCGGCGCUGCGCGCGCGCCGGCCGUGGCGCCUGGUGGUGGCGCGGCGCCGCUGGCGCGCCGGCUACAACGCGGGCGGGCCGCCGCCGGGCCGCACGGCCGCCGCCAACCCGCAGUUCCGCGUGGCCGUGCCGCCGCCCGCCGCCGCGCACCUGGUGCUGGCCGUGGCGCAGCGCUACGAGCCGGCGGCGCCGCGCCCGCUGCGCGGCGUCGGCUUCGCGCUCUUCGAGCUGCCGCCCGCCGCCGUCGCACGCCGCGCCGCGCUCGCCACUGACGAGGACGCCUUCAAGCACUACCGACCGCUGGAAACAGCACACGCCGGGCGCGCCCGUGAGGUGGCUGCCUUCGUGCUGCUGGCUCCGGGACACUACCUGCUGGUGCCGCACGCGCGCCGCGCGCACGCCGAGGGCGCCUUCCUGCUGCGCGUGCUGUGCGACCGGCGCGCUGAUGUCUGGGAAGUGAACGACGACAAUGUCAUCAUCAGAGAUAUCAACACUGAGUUCCAGGACGAUGGCCGCUCUAUACCGCCGCACGUGGAAGCAGCUAUUUCUAAAGUAAUUAGGAAGCAAGGCUCCGACGAGUUGGACGCGUGGGCGCUGCGCGCGGUGCUGCGCGGCGGCGGGGCGUGGGGCGGCGCGUGGGGCGGCGCGUGCGGCGGCGCGUCGCUGGAGCUGUGCCGCGCGCUUGUGGCGCUGCGCGACGGCGCGCUGGCGGGCCGGCUGGCGGCGCGCGAGCUGGCGCCGCUGCUGGCGCUGCUGGCGCUGUGGCGCGCGGCCGUGCGGCGCCACGCGCGCCGCAGCCGCGUGUCGGCGUACCGGCUGCGCGCGCUGCUGUGGGCGGCCGGCGUGGGCGCCAGCAACAAGGUGCUGGAGUGCCUCGUGCUGCGCUUCGCCUCGCGCACCUCGCUCUCCGCCGACGCCUGCCUGCUGGCGCUGGCGAGGCUGCACCUCGCGCACGAACGAUACCGCACUUUGGAUGCAAAAUUGAAAUCGAACCCCCUCUCACUGGAAGAGGUUAUUCUAAUGACGAUCUACUCAUGA